CUUAGUAACUGUUACUGUAUGCUGUUGUGUUAGGUUGUGGUUAAGAUAUAAAGGAAUGUAAGGUUGUUUUCUGAUUUAAAUGAGGAAAUUUUAAAUUUAUACUUAUAUUUAAUUGAUAAAACUAUCGCAUUACUUGUCAUUAUAGUUGGCAUUUACAUGAGAAACAUCACUCAAGAUGGCAUCUAAAAAAGACCUUAUGAGAGUUCCAAAAAGUGAGCGUGGUAUCAAUGCAAAAUUAAAAGAUCAAGAAGAAUGUAGUUUAAAUGUAGCACAUUCGUCUUCUGAUUAUUCUGAUGCCUCAGACAGCUUCAGAGAGAUGAAAUGUAAAGUGGAGAUGAAUCAUCUCACUAUUACUGAAGAUACAAGGAAGCGAUUAUUAGAAACAUUGAAAUUUUUGUCAGGAGAGGAUUUUGAAGCCAAAAACAGUGCAGAUUAUAAAAAUAAAAAGACCAACCUCUCAAAUCAGUAUUGGCUGGACAGAGGACAUCUGGUGAUUCAAGGCACCACAGAUUACUCCUCUAUGAAACGGAAAGUGAUAAAGCCUCACGAAAAGGUAUCAUUAUUUGCACUGAGUCGUCUUGAAAGAUACGGGUUCCACCGAGUCCACUGUGCUGAGGCUUUACAAGUCACAAAAGGAGAAGUUGAUAAAGCAUUGGAGCUGCUGAUGUCACACUACAUGAACAUAGUUCUUCCAUGCCCAGACACACAAGUACCGAAGGAUGUGCUGCAAGAUAGAAAUGACGAGUUAGAAUCAAUCAAGCAGAUAUAUAGUAGCAUGUGUGAAGAAAGGAUAUCGAAUGUAUUGUGGGUCAUUCAUUUAGACCUUCCGUACCUAGCAGAGAACUACAGUGACAGAACAAUCAAUGGGUCUGCCAAACAGAACACAAACACAAAUAGUAAAACAAAAAGUGAUAAGCCCAAAAAUAAGAUGUGCCAGUACUUUUUUAAAGGGGGAUGUAGGUUUGGAUCCAAGUGCCACUACUCCCAUGAACAGCCAGUCAGUGAACCAGUGGUGACUAAAAGUGCGGUUGAUGAGAUUCUAGAGAAAAAUCGGACCAAGUUUGAUCUGGAUAUAAGGUUCCCACCAGGAUGCUGCUACCCUAGAGAGCCAGCCUGGGUAGCAUUCAGUCCUCAGGGGGACAAGAUGCCUACCACAGUCCGUCUGCGACUUACAUACUAUUUGCAAAAUUUAUGCAACAGGGAAGCUGAAAAUCAAUUUCCAUGUGUUUAUACGCUGAUUGACCUGUUUCUUAACAACCAAGAGGAAAUCUUGGCAGUUGUCAAUGAAAGAGGCCCUUCUCCUUGCCUGCGUGAUCCAUCUGUUCCUCUAUUCAAUGAAACUAGUUCUCUCAAAGAACUGGAAUCUGAUGAAGACUCAGAGGAAAUGACCACUGAAAAGAAUAGUAACUUAGAAAAAAUAAUAAAGAAUGUAAUGAGAGAUGAUGACGAGCUUAAGAAACAGUUCCUAAGAAAGCAGUCCAGCCCAAGGUACAAAACCUUGCUGAACAAUAGGAAAGAGUUGCCAGCUUAUUCAAUGAUGGAUGAUAUAUUGAAAGCGCUUGAUACAAGUCAAGUCAUAGUGGUUAGCGGUGCUACUGGCUGCGGAAAGUCAACCCAGGUGCCGCAGUAUAUUUUGGACACCUGGUUGAUGAAGGAAGGAAUUGGGUAUGACCGACACCUGGAAAUUGUGUGCACUCAACCUCGAAGGUUAUCAGCCAUUGGGGUAGCAGAAAGAGUAGCAUACGAGAGGAUGGAGCAGGUUGGAUUAUCGGUUGGAUACCAGAUAAGAUUGGAGAGUAAAAUGUCAUCGAAGACAAGGCUGAUGUUUUGCACCACAGGUAUUCUGUUGCGAAGACUUGAAAGUGAUCCACUCUUGACAUCAAUCUCACAUAUCAUUGUGGAUGAGGUCCACGAAAGAAGUGAAGAAAGUGACUUCUUACUGUUGAUACUCAAGAAACUUCUGCCACUAAGAACAGAUUUGAAGAUCAUUCUGAUGUCUGCUACACUCAAUGCAAACUUGUUCCAAGAAUAUUUUGGCAAUGUUCCAAUCAUUGAAAUACCAGGACGGACAUAUCCUGUUGAUCAAUUUUUCUUAGAGGACAUUAUAGAGGCAAGUGAGUAUGUGCUGGAGGAAUAUUCUCAGUACUGUAGGAAGAUCAAUAAGACCACUCUCAACAUGCUGGAGAACCUGGAGGUAGAACUGGAGUUGGCCGACAUCAAGACAGGAGAGAUGAUUUCCAACAAAAAGACAUCAGAUCAGCAUUUAACCAUCAAACAGCUGUUUUCUAGAUACCAAGGGUACAAUAGAGAAACAUGCAAGACCAUUUAUCUCAUGGAUCAGGAGAGAAUUAACUAUGAACUGAUUGAGCAAGUCUUACAAUGGAUUGUGGAGGGUGACCAUAAGUACCCGAACAAGGGAUCAAUAUUGGUUUUCCUUCCUGGUAUGCAGGAGAUAAAAGACAUGCACGACCUCUUGGAGAAGAACAAUACUUUCAAUCCAAGGAAUGGGAAAUUUAAAUUAAUACCUCUGCACUCAUCUCUCUCAAGUGAAGAACAGUCUGAAAUAUUCAGCAAACCAAAACCUGGAGUAAGGAAGAUCAUACUGUCAACCAACAUUGCGGAAACAUCAGUUACGAUUGACGACUGUGUCUAUGUCAUUGACAGUGGUCGUAUGAAGGAAAAGCGAUUUGACUCAAACAAGAAUAUGGAAAGUCUAGAAACAGUGUGGGUUUCACGAGCCAACGCACUCCAGCGCAAAGGUCGAGCAGGUCGUGUCAUGCCUGGUGUGUGCAUCCAUCUGUAUACCAGCCAUCAUUACGAGUAUCAACUGGAGUCUCAACCUGUGCCAGAAAUAAAAAGAGUGCCUUUGGAACAAAUUCUGCUUCGAAUCAAAAUGAUCUCUUCUUUUGCUGGUUCUACGCUAAAUCAGGUUUUAGCUGAGAUUUUGGAACCUCCAACUGAAGACAGUGUGUCCGGAGCCAUUACGAGAUUGUUCCAUGUGGGCGCCUUGGACAAGGAUCAGGAGCUCACCCCUCUAGGUCGUCAUCUUGCUGCCCUGCCGGUCGACGUCAGAAUCGGCAAACUGCUGCUAUAUGGUGCUAUGUUCAGUUGUCUGGACUCAGUCCUCACUAUAGCGGCUAGUCUAUCCCAGAAGUCGCCUUUUCUUACACCUUUUGACAAGAAAGAUGAAGUGAACAAAAAGAAGAAAGAAUUCAUGACUGCUAACAGUGACCAUUUCACUAUUCUCCAGGCUUACAAUGGAUGGAGGCGGGCAGCUGCCCACAGCAGACAGGGUGGCUACGUAUUUGCCAACGAGAACUUUAUGUCUAACCGUACUCUGACUACACUGGUAGGCAUCAAGGCUCAGUUCCUCGACUAUCUGGUAGCCAUUGGCUUUGUACCCGAGAAUUGUCGUGUUAGACAGAAGAGAUCGGGAGAGGAUAUCAUAUUGGACAUCACUGGUCCUGAGUUGAAUGCUAAUGGGAAUAACUACAAGCUGCUGUCCGGUCUGCUUAGUGCUGCACUCUACCCCAAUAUUGUUAAGGUGCUGAGUCCAGAGAAGUUCUAUGCUAACAGCAUCGCUGGUGCAGUACCUAAAAUUCCCAAAUCGGAAGAACUUAAGUUCAAGACAAAGUCUGAUGGAUAUGUAUUUUUGCAUCCUUCAUCAGUGAACCACAGUGUAGGCCACUUUGCAAGCCCUUAUCUAGUGUUCCAAGAAAAGGUGAAGACUUCAAAAAUCUUCAUUCGUGACUGCACUAUGGUUCCAGUCCUGCCUCUAGUAAUGUUCUCAGGCAAUGAGUUAACAGUAGAGUUAGUGGAUGGCACAUUCACCGUCUCGCUGGAAGAUGGCUGGAUCAUGUUUGUCAUCAAUGAUCACAUUGUUGGUGAAAUACUGCAGUCAAUGCAAAAGGAGCUACUCAAGUUAAUGGAUAAAAAAAUAAAAGAUCCGUCCCUCAAUCUGAACACAGAUCCUAAAGGAAAGAAAAUCCUAUCUACUAUUACACAUUUGGUUACCCAUGGUUAAUCUCUCUUCGUCUAGACAAAAUUUGUGUACAAAUGUAAAUAUGUAAAUUUCCGAAAAAUCCAGUUAAAUUUAUAAAUAGGUAUUAUUUUUAAAGUGGGUUUAAUACCAUAGUUUUUAUAUUUGUACAGUUAAUUGAAUUUAAAGGAGUAUUUAGUGAACAAUUUUUAUACGGAAGGCUAGUUUUAAAUAUAAUACUUCUAAUACAAACGCACUCCAAGUUUCUGAAAUGUUUAUGAAAAUUGUAAUUCUUGAGCCUAAUUUCAGUUGUUGAAAGACUAUUAUUCAUUAUUGAUUACAGAUCAAAAUCUAUAUUUCAUAUAAUGAUUUCACGUGUUAAAAACUUAGUAUGUGAAUAAAAAAAGGUCUAUACAAAAAGUUUAAAAAAUAAAAUAAAGGAUAUUAACUACCAAAAAAUUGACGAAAUUGGAACGCUAUGUUCCAUAUGUAAAUUUUCAAACAGAUCUUUUUGGUUCAAUCAGAUGAAAUUGAACCAAACUGACCAUUAAUUUUUACUUUUUGAAUAGUACUCCUAUAUAUUAAAUGUUAUUCCUAAUUGUUAAAGGUUUAAAUCUAUAUUUGAUGUAGUGAUUUGAAGUCGAGGUAUGUAUGAUUUCAGUGAAUAAGAACAAAUAGCAUGAAUAAAAAGUCAAACAAAGAAAAGAUUUUAACACUCUCCCAAAUUGAACUGUUAAAAUUGGAACUCAGUAAAGUUUCAUUUAAUCAUACAUUUUUUACACAUUAACUCUGGUGGACGCAUCAUAAUCGUGGCUGUCCUCAAUUUGGUAUCUAUCUCUUGUUGCAGUGAACACGUUAAACCAUCAUUUGACUUAAGAUCUAUUGAGAAUCCCUGGAGGUGAAACAGUUGUAUUACAGAGUAUUUGGAAAAAUAUAAUAACUUGUUUAGUUUGUAGGUUAUUGUAUUGUCUUACACUCCAAAACAUUCACAAUUAAAUUAUUUACAAAGACAGUAGAAAAUACACAAAAAUAACAACUAACCACUUUAAUGUAAACAAAGGUAGCUGUGAAGUAGAAACAUCGACAACAACUAUGUAGUGCCAAAGAGUGAAUAUGUGUUUAAGCAGGGUGUUACUAUACUACAUUAUAUUACAAACAAAAACAUCAAUAUUUUUUUUUUAUACUCGUAAAAAAAAUCAUAUUUCAAAGAAAUUUUUAAAAAUAAGUAAGUUUAAAGGUUAGGCUGGGUAGGAUAGGUUGGGUUAGUUUGAUUUGGUUUGUUUGGAAACAUAACUGGGCAAUGAUAAACCAGUGCCCAGGGAUUCACCCACUAUUAUUGGUGACUUUAUAACAUUGCCAUGGGCAUCUUCAAUGUUUUGUUGGUGACUGUAUCUUGGGAUUCAAUGGGAUAAAUGCACACUAUAAUAAAUCUUUAAUUUAAUUUUUACAUAUCCCUACUAUGAAGAUUCUGUAAAGGAUUACUGUAUACAUUACAAAUAUCGCUAGAAUUUUGACAAAAUGUUUCAUUAAAGAUAUACAUGAUACACACAGGUAAUAAAUUAAUUGCAAGUAGGUGGUACUUAAAAGUUAAAUAUUAAACGUGAAUAUAUUGUAUUAUUGUACAUACGAGGAUUGUCCAAAUUUAAUAUAACCUUGAAUUCUUAACCUUAUACUUAACAAAAAUCAUCUGAAAACCAUGUAAUGUGUUUCUCUGACCUUGAAUUCUUAACCUUAUACAUAACGAAAGGCAUCUGAAAACCAUGUAAUGUGUUUCUCUGUUUUGAAUUAUUACUGUAACAAAUCUUUCAUUUUCAAAUGGCAGUAUCUUCGUUUCUUGUUAGUUUCAUAUAAUCAUUUCCUCACAUCUUUCCUUUUAUGAUGAGUAAUACAAACCAUGAAAUUGAAACAUCAAACUAGGUUUUUUCGUUAGAAGUGCAACCAAAUAUAAUAAUAAUUAUUAGUACAGAAAGAAAUUUCUAUGUGAAAAUAUCUAAUUAGUUACAAGUUGAUGCAGUUUCGUUUAGAUAAAAUACCACUCUUUUAAUAUCUUACUUUGUGCUUUCCGUGAUAUAAAAUUUUGUAUCAUUAUUUCAAAGUUGAGGAGAUGAUAAAGAAACUUAUAAAGAAGCAGAUCAAUUAUAAUUGAUGAUAAAGUAAAUAAAAUCAAGGGUGUAUAGUAUGCUACAGAGAGAUGCUUUUUGAACAAUCCUUGUAUUUCAUUAUGAAUGAAUGCCAAAGAAGAAGCUGUGAAUGAGUUGUUGAAAUAUUUAUCAUGUAGUAGUAGUGGUGAAUGAAAAAACAUUGUUAUUGUACAUGACUGUCAUUAUAAUAUUUAAGUUUUUGUAUGUGUUACAGUUUUAUUUUAACACAUAAUUUUGACAAAUAUGUAUUGAAGUGGAAAUAAUUUGAAUGUUUUUGAACUUAUAUUAAAUUUGAGGAUUUAAUGUUAAAUUUAUCCCUUAAAAGUAUUGGUUAGAUUUUCUCCUGUGAAGUGGCUUCGAUGGGACUUGUAAAUGAAGUUGGCAGGCUAAUUAUAGCCAUAAAUCACUAGCACAUUACUAAUUGGUUAUAAUUGUUACACCUUGUCAUUGUUAGUCAUGGUCACUGCAUUCACUUACUAGAAGCUGUAAUGUUAGGUUUUCAGAACAUUUAAUUUUGGGGCAACUGUAGUCUGUUUUUUUUUUUUAUUUCCACUAUUGUUUGCUACUAUAUUCAGACACAACUGACUAUUAUGAUCGAAGUAAGUCUUCAUAUUUCUAUUCACAUUAAUAAAUUUACACAUUUAUGUUAAAUUUGUUAAAAAAUAAUUCAUUGGUUAAUUUAUUAAAGCUCUUCGUUUCUAAUGAUAUUUAAACACCUUUUUAGCUAGUGUUAUACAGGUUUUAUUGUUGUUUAAUUUUUAGACUCUUAUUUUUAUUAUUGUAUUAUAUUUCUUGUCAGCAUGACUAAAUUAAAAUAUAAACGUCCUUCCUUGUAUGGUUUUUAUUAUAAUAUAUGACAAUAGAUUUUAUUACCAUUCUCUGUAUGACCCACAUCACAAUAAAUAUAUAAUGAACUGAUACAAGGUUCGUUUUGUGGAAACUUAUUAUUCAUGUAUUAUUUUUAUUAAAGGAUACGUUUUUAUUUUACUUAAAAAUCAUGUGUUAUAACUAGGCCUAUAUGCCUUCUGUGAUAUUGGUUAUCUUUGUUAAUCUUAUCUUCAUAAUAUUAACCCUCUCCCAAUUGAAUUACUGUGGCACGUUUAUGAUGCUACUGGGCUGAAUUCAUUUGGCUACUCUGCCACACGGGAGCACUGUGGCAUUUUUAUUAUUUUAGCACAUAUAUUCAAUCAAAAAUGUUCCAUACAUAAUUGUAGAUUAUUAAAUUCUCAAAGAUAUUUGAAAGGUAUUUGAAAAAUUAUAAAGUUUAUUCACCAUCACACAUUUUUUUAACAAAAAUGUGAAAAUAACUUAAUAAUAUAAUGUCAGCAAACAGUAGCUGUAGAAAUAUACAAAUAGUUCCAAUAAUUUUGUAAGAUAUCAGCACAGACAAAUGGAAAUUGUGAUAAAAAUAACUAAAUUACUGUCAAUGAAGAUAUCGAUAAAACUUUUUAUUAAGAUCGCAUCUCUAGGCAUAAAAUCUUUCAAUGAAAUAAACAGUUACAACAAUACUGUCAAAAGAUAUUUACAUUAGCAGUUCCAAAAAGCCGUAUGAUAGCAGCACAAAGCAGAGAUCUAUGAUAAAGCAGUUGGUGCUGUUCAGAUUAGACUUUUAACGCCAGGCUCCCCGUCGUAUCAAUUUAAGGCAAUUGCUAAGGAGAGGGUUAAGAAGAUGAUUGAUAUUUCUUUAAUCUAGUAUUUAUUGUUAUGGUAGUUAUUAAUAAUGAAUAAGAAUUUAUUGCAGAUUGAUGCAAAUAGUAUGUAUUGAAUUUAUAUGUUGAAUGUAUAAAAUAAAUUUAUAUACCCUGGACAAAAAAGCAGGUACUUGGAGUUACUAUAAGAAUUUUAAUUACAUGUCUAAAACUGAAUUUGUUUAUAAAUGUUUUAAAAUCUGAUAUAAUCUGAAUAUAAUAACUCCUUUAAAUGAUUUAAGGACAAAAAAUGCAUGGAUAUAAAUAUAAAUUAUUGGAAAAGGCAGAGUUAAAACAAACUUUUAAGCUCAAAUGCAUGCUGAAGUGUUAAUUUUGUACAGAAGUGUUUUCAUAUUUGUAUUCAAAUAAUUGAUUACAGAAAGGCCAAAUUUUGCAAUAAAUUUAAAGUUUUGUUUUUAUAUCUGUACCGGUAUUUAAAAUCACCAAAAGUGCAUUCAAUGAAUUUGUUAAAUGUAAACAUGAUGUUACUUUUUUUAUAAUAAAGUGAACUGUAACUAA